GGAAGAUGCGGUUUCUCCCAUGGACCUGAAGGAGUCCUUAAAGAGAGCACAAACAUGUCAACAGAGACUAGAUAGGGAAAUUUACAACUUUCUCAAAAUGAUUAAAGAGUGUGAUGUGGCCAAAGACAUGCUUCCAUCAUUUCUUCAGAAAGCCGAAGUUGUCUCCGAAGCUUCUAGAGAGACUUGUGUGGCCUUGAGUGACUGCCUCCACCUCUUAACUAAACAAGAAGGGGUGAGGAAUUUUAAAUUGGAACAGGAACAAGAAAAAAACAAAAUUUUGUCAGAAGCACUGGAGACUUUAGCCACCGAACACCAUGAACUAGAGAGAUCUCUGGUUGAAGGAUCCCCGCCUGUCAGCAUCCUUAGUGAGGACGAGUUCUAUGAUGCACUGUCAGGUAACUCCUCUGGGGGCUUACUUACAGUUUCAGAGGCUGUGACAGCACACUCCUUUGAAGAGAGCAAAGCACCCGUGAGCAGUGGGAAACACAGAAUGUCCGAAGGAAAAGAUUGUGGCGGAGGAGAUGCGCUCUCCAAUGGCAUCAAAAAGCACAGAACAAGCCUGCCUUCGCCUAUGUUCUCCAGAAAUGACUUCAGCAUCUGGAGCAUCCUCAGAAAGUGCAUUGGGAUGGAACUGUCUAAGAUCACAAUGCCAGUCAUAUUUAACGAGCCUUUGAGCUUCCUGCAGCGGCUGACUGAGUACAUGGAGCACACUUACCUCAUCCACAAAGCCAGUUCGUUUUCUGACCCUGUGGAAAGGAUGCAGUGUGUAGCUGCGUUUGCUGUGUCUGCUGUUGCUUCACAGUGGGAGCGUACUGGAAAGCCAUUCAACCCACUUCUGGGAGAAACUUACGAAUUAGUUCGAGAUGACCUUGGAUUUAGACUCAUCUCAGAACAAGUCAGCCAUCACCCGCCAAUCAGUGCAUUCCACGCAGAAGGGCUAAACAAUGAUUUCAUCUUCCAUGGCUCCAUUUACCCCAAACUGAAGUUCUGGGGAAAGAGUGUAGAAGCAGAACCUAAAGGGACCAUCACCUUGGAGCUUUUAGAACACAAUGAAGCAUACACAUGGACAAACCCCACCUGUUGUGUGCACAACAUCAUCGUGGGCAAACUCUGGAUUGAACAGUACGGCAAUGUGGAAAUCAUCAACCACAAGACUGGGGACAAGUGUGUGUUGAAUUUUAAGCCAUGUGGUCUUUUUGGCAAGGAAUUACACAAAGUUGAAGGCUACAUACAAGAUAAAAGCAAAAAGAAACUCUGUGCUCUCUACGGGAAGUGGACUGAGUGCCUCUACAGCGUUGACCCCGCCACUUUCGAUGCUUACAAAAAAAAUGAUAAGAAGAACACAGAAGAGAAAAAGAACAGCAAACAGACAAGUUCAUCUGAGGAGUCUGAUGAAAUGCCGGUGCCAGAUUCUGAGAGUGUCUUCAUUAUCCCAGGAAGUGUGCUCCUGUGGAGGAUAGCUCCUCGGCCUCCCAACUCUGCUCAGAUGUAUAAUUUUACCAGUUUUGCGAUGGUUUUGAAUGAAGUAGACAAGGAGAUGGAGAGUGUGAUUCCAAAGACUGACUGUCGGCUGCGGCCUGACAUCAGAGCCAUGGAGAAUGGAGAGAUAGAUCAAGCUAGUGAAGAAAAAAAACGACUUGAGGAAAAACAAAGAGCUGCCCGCAAAAACAGGUCCAAGUCAGAAGAGGACUGGAAGACAAGGUGGUUCCAUCAAGGCCCUAACCCGUACAAUGGAGCACAGGACUGGAUUUACUCUGGCAGCUACUGGGACAGAAAUUACUUCAAUCUGCCUGAUAUUUAUUAAAGUGCGGAGAAGUCAAGGUGUUUGGCUAAUCUGCAUAAGUCUUAAGCUUAAGUUUCUAAAAAUUUGCCCUGGUUUCUACUCCUCUAUAAUUUGCAUUUCACCCAACAAGGUAGGUAGGGCAUAUGGUCAUGGCGGUGAUGGUCCUAGGGGACACGAGGCAUUUUGCUUUACACCUGCUUACUUGGAAUACUGUUUAUGCAAAGGAAGAAGCUGCUGGAGGUGCUGUUUCUAGCCCCACUUGUGCCCGAGGGCUAUACCUAGUCUAACAUUCAGCUUUAUGGAAUUCUAUAGUGAUCCAAAAAUAUUGAAUAUUUUAUGCUGUUAUGCUUGAGUAUCUUAGGUGUAGCUUUGAAAUGUUUAGAAUUCUUCUGUACGAUGUUGUGUGCUCAGAUGUAAAGGGUAAAGGGUGUCAUUUUAUAAAAACUAAAUUGGUAAGAUGACCUUUCAGGGAAACUCUCAAUAUUACUUUCCCACCUCCAAAAAGGAGUGGAGGGCUGAAGCAGAAUUGGGAAUUUCUGAUUUGGUAUUUACUUAUCUUAGAGCUCUUACUUUCACAUUCUGUGAUCACUGACACUAGAACUUACGAAGAUUUAUGACAAACAACUUCCAGUGGCAAAUGCCACAGAGAAAUUAAGCUACACUCCUGUAUUAUAAUCCUGUACAGUAGCUUUGCCCCUUUAAUUGGGGCAAUCUCAUAGUGUUUAUCCAACCAAAUCCCAGAAUGAUCUCUGCUCUAAAGGGUUAGGUAGCUUCCAAUAAGUUAUUUUAAUUGUAUUUUAAAGUUAACAAGUGUUAUAAUGAUGCUAAAUAAAGGCUUUAGAAUAUUGAAAAAAAAAAGUGUGAACGCUUUCAGAACAGAGUCGCUGCC